AUGGUCCGUCAUCGACCUUUGCGUAUCGGCAGAGCCACAUCGCGUGCCCAGAGCGGACAGAAUCACGUCGCGGGUGGAGCUGUGCCAGCGCCCUUGGCCUUGGCAAAGCGACCGUCGACUAGUGGAAGCGCGAGUUACGAAUGGAGGGCAAGCGGCAACGUCAGAAUGUGAGUCGAUGCGUAAUGAGUAACAUACAUGCGCGUGCGAUUGAUCGAGGAUGGCCGAGAUGCUGAUCUGGCGAACGACUGCCAACAAUGCGACAGGUUCAUCGAUCCGUCCGAGCCGGCAACAAUAAGAUACUUCGAGCGACACUUCUGCGAUGAGGUGAAUGGCCGGAACAGGGCCCACUGUUGCCUGAGAUUCGUCUGUUGAUGGCCAACGGGCGAUGGGCUGACGAGGCUCUCUUGGUCCCACAAACAGGCCAUCGGGAGCGAACCUUCAGCGAUGCCCUCGGAAAGUGCGCAGGUACUUCCUCUGCACUUAGAGCAUGGCCCGCUCUCAUCGAUCCAUGCGCGCAAUGUCUUUGAUCGACCACAGUCCACAUCUCAGAAUGGGCAGGACAGUGGAGGUCAGAGUGA